AUGAGUUCGCGGAACCAAGAACAAGAAGCGUCACAUCGCAACAGCACACCCCUCACCCCAAACUCGUCCUUGAGCCCAGAACCCUUCGCCGAUGACUUGCGACUAUUCAAUCGCUCCCCCCACCCAUACCACAGAAGCCAGCGACUUGGCUCUCAAACCCCCUCCGAGCAUGGGGACGGACUUCAACCGCUCUCUUCCCACACAAGGUCCUCGCGGACGACCAGCGACAGCGGCACGGAGGCGGACGACGAAAGCACUGGUAUUCUAAGGGGUCUACCCGCACCGCCCCUCCGCCCCAGAAAGGGUCUUCGCUCGGGGGAUGGUGCCGUAGAUGUCGAUCUUUGGCUGCCUAGCUUGCAGCCAUGGCCUGCAUUCGUGCGACCGGCUUUGCGGUCAUCACGGCGAAGCUCAGAGGAAGAAUUGGAAGAAGAGGCUUUUCAAGAACGGCGAAGGUCAAGGCGGGAAAGACGGGUGGAAGUCCUACGCCGAUUGAUGGAAGCCGCACUUCUGUUGUCUGUUGGUGGUGUGGUCCUGUACCAAGAGCAGGCGCGGCAUCUAGCCUGGGAAUGGCGAAAAGAGCUUGUCUUUCACGGCCUGGUGGUUCUGAGUCUUUGUGCCAGCUAUCCACUGGUUGUUCGAGCAUCUCAAGGUCGGAGCUGGCGCAUAUGGCGCAUAUGGUCUUCAAAGCGGAGCUACUUUUCUCUGCCUUCUAGCUUCGACCCGGCGCCUCUCUUUUAUCCGAUCUGUAUUCCCAUCUUCGUUUCUUUGUCGCUGUCCAACCACACCCCGCCUCUUUUAAUGCCCAAUAUCAUUCUCAGCCUCUCAUCUUUGCCUGCAGCCGCUGUGCCGCUACAAAGCUGGAUUCAUGGGUUCAGCGCAGUUCAUUGGAUGGUAUCCAUGAUUCCCAUCCUUGCCGCUGAACAUUACUCCAUGGACAACACUUGGCCAAAGCCAUUGUCACUUCGCGGAUUCGACGCGGAAACCCUAAUACUUCUUUUCCCUUUGCAUCAAGCGUUGAUACCCACUUUAGAGUUUUUGUUGACAACUAGCCUUCUUCCUGCCGAGCUGCAGCUUUUGACGACUGCUUUGAUCAACUUGUACUUGUUUGCGGCCUCUCCACAAGCAGAGAUCCUCAAGGCUCUGCUAUGGCUUGGUGGCAUGUGUUUAUUUGCUUCCUGUCGGCAUGUCCUGCGGUGGGAAGUUGCCUUGGCACGAAUUCCGAACUGGAAGUUCCGUCGUGCGCCAAACAGUGCGCAAUCUGCGCGCAAAUUCAUUAAUAUGAUGGACCACCGACUCUGCGAGAAGCUGAGCAGAACCGGACCUCUCAACUCCGAUGAUGCUUCUUCCGACAGUGAUGGGCCGAAUGGUUCCAUUUUUCCAAAACUGCGUACCUCGAAGACCAUGCGUGAGGACCGCUCCUCCGAUACCAUAGCAAAGCCUGCCGUUGUGACGAAAAAGGUCUCCACAGAGGAUGAGGCAUUCGAAAAGCAGGCUCGCAGUCGGCGACGACAUACCAUCUCCACAUUCGAUGAGGCCGUUCGAGAAGAACGGGUCCGCACUACCCCGGGUGGCCGUCGCAAAAAGCUCAUGGCGCCUGGCCUUACCUCGUUCCUGUCGCUUACUUCGGCUCAAGCGCAGGUCCGCAAGUGGCUCUACGCAUUCUACGUGUACUUGGCGGCAUUUCUCAUCAUCGUGGGUCCCAUUCGCACAUACGUAGCUGAGCGCGCCUUGCAAGGCCAGGAUCCCUUUGGUUGGGCGAUAGGUUACUUAUUCGGGAACUUUUCAAACGUGCGCUUCUGGAUCUUGAUGUUGGACCUCGACCGUUGGAUCGAACUCCCGCCUCGUCCAGACCCCGACAUUUUGGGUGCCUCCUGCUUCUUCGGUUCAAUUGAACACAUACGACAGGCUACCUUUGGGCCAGCCAUAACUCGCUUAUUACUGAGCGGUUACUGCGCUGUAGUCCUCCUCACAGGGCUGGCUAUUGUUGUCAAGCUCAGUACCAUCGCCGAGGUUGAUACGCGUCGCAAGAUCUUCCACGGCAUGAUGGUGGUGAUGUUCCUUCCUGCCAUUUUUGUGGACCCAGCCUUCUGCGCCUUGGCUCUGGCUCUGGCUCUCUCUAUUUUCUUGCUGCUGGAUCUCUUCCGUGCGUCGCAGCUACCUCCGAUCUCACGCCCCCUUACCUACUUCCUGGCGCCCUACGUCGAUGGCCGUGACCAUCGCGGCCCAGUCAUCAUCUCACACAUCUUUUUGUUAAUUGGAUGCUCGAUACCGCUUUGGCUGUCACUCUCUGACCUUCCCCGAGCCGGUCUAGGUCCCUGGGCAGGCUGGGAGGUACCAUCACGAGACGUCAGCAUGGCAAGCGGUGUGAUUUGCGUUGGCAUGGGCGACGCGGCCGCCUCUCUCGUUGGCCGACGGUAUGGCCGAUUGAAAUGGUUCUGGGGCGGCGGAAAGUCGCUGGAAGGCAGCGUUGCCUUUGUCGCCGCCGUCACCUGCGGGCUGAUCGCGGUUCGUGCCUGGUUGGUCCUCGGGGGAUGGCCGGUCUCCGGGGUCGAAUCAGCCGAUGGGGCAGAAUUCUCCGCACAAUUCUGGGCCUGGACUUUGGUCAAGGCUGUUCUGGCGGCGGCCGGCACGAGCGCCACCGAAGCGAUCCUCACUGGCUGUAAUGACAAUGUCGUGGUUCCGGUGGUGUUGUGGCUGCUGGUGCGGGGGCUUGGCGUUUGA